UUUGAGUCAACUGAAACUCAGUUCAAAAUGGGGGGAUCAGCCUUCAGCUCCGGGAAAAGAGACCAACCCAGGCCCAAAACGGACCCUAAUUUGACCUCAAAGAAAAUUCCAAAGAGUGUGCCGAUAUCCAAACAGCUUUCCUCCAUUAAAGCACUGGCCAGAGGCACUGACCUGGAGAAGGCCAUGGCGACAGCACUGCUGGUCUUUUAUAACUCAGCGGGACCAGAUGGCAGAGUCAGUAAAGGGGAUGUGAGAGAACUCUUAGUGACACAGUUUCAGACUUUCAUGCAGGGACAAGAGUCAAAGCCCAAAUACAAAGAGACCAUGGCAGACCUGAGGAAAGACGAGGACAAAAGAAUAGCAGUGGAAGACUUCAUGCUUUUCCUUCUCGGCCUGACAGUCUCUUCAGACCUCCUGACAGAAAUUCAGGGAGCAGGAAUGCAGUAAGGGGACCUCAGUACUCAUUGGUGCAUCUGAUGGCUAAGCUAGGAUGGGAGACAACAUUAUCUUCCGUAUUUCACAAAGGAUAAACCCAGCUCCCAUUGAAGGCCCCCUUUACCACUCCAGUACAAAGGUUGGUUCAUAGAGACUCUGGCAGAUCAUUAUAAUUAAGCCAUGGACACAUUUA